AUGGGGUUCUUUCAGCAACUCUCGUUGCUUCUGUGGAAAAACCUGCUUCUACAGAGACGAUCCAUGUGCGUCAGCGUCUUCGAGAUCCUCAUUCCUCUCUUCUUUGCUGUUAUCAUUCUGAUUGUGAGGUUUGAGGCCAAAUCGGACGAAAGGACAUACCCUACGUAUUACCCGCCUGAGAACGUCCACCAGCAGAACUUCACCUACAGGUACAUGGGGGAACACGUGGAACUGGGGUAUGUGCCCAAUACCCUGCUGGCAACUAACCUGAUGACCAGUGUACUUGAGAAAUUCACAAAAGAACUGAACCUCAGCAAAGUCAACACAAGUGACAUAAAAGGUUUUGACAACGAGGAAGGAGUUGGUCUCCUACUUCCGUUUGAAUUCCGACAAAAUGCAAUUAGCUGUUGUGUUUGA